GGUUGGAACUUGGAAGGAAUGAGAUCUCUUAAAGAAAACAAGAUACCAAACUGAAAGUAGCAGUAGAGAGGUUCCAGAAUCCAGAUACCAUGUUUUCCAUUUUCAAGCUUACAGCUUUCUUCUUGUUCCUCGUCUGGAGAAUAGUUGGAGCAGCCUCACAAGAAGUUGGUUUCAUCUUCAAUGGCUUCCAAGGAGCUAACUUGACCUUGGAUGGCUCAGCCCAGUUCACAUCCAAUGGUGGUCUCAUGCUUACCGAAGCAAUUAACAGAGAACAGCAAGGUCAUGCCUUCUACACUAAACCAAUCAGUUUCCUCCAUUCAUCCUCUGCUGGAGGUACUGCUUGUGUAUCCUUCUCUGCAACUUUUGUCUUUGCCAUCGUCUCUAAGUAUUCUGUUUUGAGCGGUCAUGGGAUCGCCUUUUUCAUCUCACCCACAAGAGGAUUCCCUGGUGCUCUUCCAAGCGAAUAUUUUGGUCUCUUUAAUAGCGCCAACAUUGGUAAUUCAAGUAAUCAUGUCUUCGCAAUCGAGCUCGACACCGUAGAGAGCAAGGAAUUUAAUGAUAUAAAUGACAACCACGUUGGUAUAGAUAUUGAUGGAUUGAUCUCUGCUUUUUCUGCUCCGGCGUCCUAUUUCGAUAAGAAAGGUCGGCUUCAGAACCUAACCCUCGUCAGUGGCAACUCAAUGCAAGUCUGGGUGGAUUACGAUGGUGUCCAAAAGCAGCUCAAUGUAACAUUAGCUGCAAUCGAUGUUCCUAAACCAGCUAUUCCUCUCUUGUCUCUGUCUCGCGAUCUUUCUCCGAUCAUGAAAGAGUCCAUGUUCGUGGGUUUCUCAUCCUCUACUGGUUCUGUUCCCACAUCUCACUAUGUGUUGGGAUGGAGCUUCAAGGUGAACGGACAAGCAGAUGAACUCAAUCUCUCCCAACUUCCAAAGCUUCCUCGAAUCGAAACACCCAACCAGAAACCAGCUAUUUUGACAGUAGGAAUUCCUGUAAUUGCCUCUGUUUUGUUGUUACUAAUCAUCUAUUUGUUCCUAGUUCUGGUGAAUAGGCAGAAAAAAUUUGCAGAAGUGCUUGAAGAAUGGGAACUUGAUUAUGGUCCUCACAGGUUCAAGUAUAAAGAUCUGUAUGUGGCGACUAAGGGGUUUAAGCACAAGGAACUCCUGGGUAGUGGUGGCUUUGGUAGGGUGUAUAGAGGUGUAUUACCCACUUCUAAAAUCGAAAUUGCAGUGAAGAAAAUCUCCCAUGAUUCAAGACAAGGGAUGAAGGAAUUUGUUGCUGAGAUCGUUAGCGUUGGUCAACUACGACAUCGGAACUUAGUAACCCUCUUGGGGUAUUGUCGGCGUAAAGGAGAACUCCUUCUGGUAUAUGAAUUCAUGCCCAAUGGAAGUCUAGACAAGUUCCUCUUUGAUCCAUCAACACCGGUGCUGAAUUGGGGUCAGAGGUUUCGAAUUAUUCGAGGUAUAGCAUCUGCACUGUUUUAUCUACAUGAAGAAUGGGAGCAGGUUGUGGUUCACAGAGAUGUUAAGUCCAGUAAUGUUCUAUUGGAUGGAGCAUUGAAUGGAAGAUUAGGAGAUUUUGGACUUGCCACAUUGUAUAACCAUGAAAGUGAACCUCAAACAACACAUGUGGUUGGGACACUGGGUUAUCUUGCACCAGAACUUUCAAGAACCGGCAAGGCGAACCCGCGCACAGAUGUCUUUGGAUUUGGGGCUUUUAUGUUGGAAGUUGCUUGUGGGAGGAGACCAGUGGAACCAAGAUCACAAGCAGAUCAGGAUCUGGUGCUAGUGGAUUGGGUGUUCUCUUGCUGGAGGAGAGGGACUAUCCUUGAGACACUGGAUCCAAACUUGGCAGACAAUUAUGUAGAGGAGGAAAUAGAGCUUGUGUUGAAACUAGGAUUACUUUGCUCUCAUUGCAUUCCAACAGCAAGGCCAACUAUGAGACAGGUUAUGCAGUAUUUGGAGGGAGAACUUCCCUUACCAGAUCUGUCAUCUCUUAGUUUGAUUGCUAGUGGCAUUUCAUUUACAGAGGAUGAAGGCUUUGAUGCUUUUGUCAUAUCUUAUCCUUCUUCUCUUGGGAGGAUAUCAGCAUCACCAUCAGUUUCAGAAUCUCUUCUCUCUGGAGGAUUUUCUGGAGUACUCUCUGGAGGACUUUCUGGAGGACUUUCUGGAGGACUCCCUGGAGGACGAUGAUUCUCACCCUACUGAGUUUUGUUUUCCAUAAAUACCAUCACCCCCUGGUUGUGAUCUUCUUCCAAUAAUGUUUAUAUUGUAAAGCUAUCAAAACACUAUCAAUUAUUAACAAUCGCUUAGUAGGGACUGGACUAGUACAGUUACCUUGGAUGUGUAGAAGCCUAGAAGGCAAUGAAACUAAUAGUCUACCA